AUGAAUAAAUUUUGCGAUUAUAAGUCUUGUUAAUUCAAUAUUAAACAACCUACAAUAGAACAAAGAUCAAAACUAACAAAAGUUAUGUGUCCUCUCUGUAUGACUUCUAAUUAUUGUAGUAUUCGAUGCAGAGAUCUUGACUGGUAUUUUAUAAUAUUUAUGUUCAAGGCCAAUCUAUCAUAAAGGAAUCUGUAAGAAAACCUAACCUGACAGAGCUAAAUCAUGCAAUGAUACAAUGGAUUCUACAUCGACUGUGAGUGUUAGAAGAAAACCUGAAGAAUUUGAAAUAAUAACAAUUGGUUCUAAAUAGGAAUUGGGAAGAGGUUCAUAUGGGUCAGUAAAACUUGUAAAGGACAAAUAAAAUGGAUAAUUGUUUGCAAUGAAAAUUGUAAUAGUCUGAUGUAAUUUAUCCAUAGAUGAACAAAAGGCAAGUACUUGAGUAUUGUUCAGUGGAAAAUCUAAAAAGGGAAAUCAAAAUACAACGUAAACUAUUCCAUUCGAACAUUUGCAAACUCCAUCAUUAUUUUGAAGAUAAAGAAAAUGUAUAUUUAGUUCUUGAAUAUGCUGGUAUUAAUUAAAUUUUAUAAGAAAAUGGAUCACUAUUUCACUAUAUAAAAAAGAGAACCAAAUUACCAGAGUAGGAAGCAUUUGUUUAUUUUUUUUAAACUUGUCUUGGAAUUGACUAUUUACAUAAAAAUAAUGUAAUUCAUAGAGAUCUCAAAGUAAUUUAGAAAUUUAAAUGAAUAGCCAGAGAAUCUCCUUUUAGACAAUGAAGGUAAUGUUAAAAUAUGUGAUUUUGGUUGGAGUGCUGAGAGUUUGACAGAAAAACGAAUGACAUUCUGUGGAACUUAUGAAUAUAUGGUAGCUGUCAUUUAAUAUUAAAUAGGCUCCUGAAAUGUUGAAUAAAUAACCACAUGACUUUAGUCUAGAUGUUUGGAGUUUGGGUAUCUUAUUAUAUGAACUCUUACAUGGGAAUGCCCCAUUUAGAGGUAGGAAUAAUGAAGAAUUAUGUAAUAAGAUAAAAUCUAGUCAGCCUAUAAGCUUUGCUCCUACUUUAUCUCAUGAAGUUAUAACUUUGAUAAAAGGAAUCUUGAAAUUUAUUCCAUCUGAAAGAUUUACAAUGGAUUAAAUCUUCAAUCAUCCCUGGAUGGUUAAACAUGCUAAAAAUUUCAAUAUAGAUAUUUGGACUUUUGUAUACAAACCACUAUUUCCUACGAGAUAGAUUCCAUCGAUGAACUUUAAGAAUAAUACUAAACCAAUGGACAUUUAAAAAAAGGAACCUUCUACUAGACCCAUGUCUUAGGAUUACAGUAAAUUCAAGACUCAAGAAUAAUAAUCUAAUUAUAAGAAUUAUUCUUAGAAUGAUUAGAUUCGAUAAGAAGAUUUCAACAAACCUAGAAUUAGCAGAAUAACUAAUAGAAAUGAGAUCUUACAUCAUUAAUAUCAAUUAUAAUAAUAAUAAUAGGAAUAGAAAUUGAGUUUUAUGGAUAGAGUUUUUUUGGCAUUUGGAUGUUUAAAUAGAGAGAAAAAGUGA